UUUAUCUAUGGAACUCUCCAGAAUGUCUACUUUCUCUUUCACAUCAUGAAGGAACUUGGGAAGAUUAUUGAUGUUAAAGAUGUCAAUUUGAAUGAACCGGUGUCAGAGGAAGUGAUUAACCUAAUUAAGAAGGAAGUACAUGAACAUGUUUUAUUGAUAUUCAAAAAUCAAGGGAUUGUCGGCGGUGAUCGUCAUGUGGAAAUAAGUAAAUGGUUCGGGGACUUGGAAUCCACAUUUUACAAACACCCAAGGUCGCCUCAUCCUGAUGUUUUUCGUGUGUCAAAUAACGAGGAGGAGGGGUGCACGAAUGUGGGGCGGACGGGAUGGCACAUUGACGGGAGUUUUAUGAGAGAGCCAUUCAAAUUGUCACUCUAUCACAUGGUGGCAGUCCCCAAAAGUGGGGAUACAGCAUUUGUACCACUGACAGACUUGAUUGAGAGUCUACAACCAGAUGUAAGAGCCAGGUGGGAGAGGCUGUACAUGGUCAGUGAUCGUCGCUCAAAGUCCACACACCCCUUAAUAUAUGCACACCCUGUCACAAAGAAACCAACUCUGUGUUUUCACCUGGGAAUGACUGAUGCUUUUAUGUGGGAUGCUGGGACUGACAAAGAGAGAAUGACAGACUGGCCUGAAACCAAACACAUUCUAAUGGAGAUCCACCAAGAAAUCGAGAAAGACAAUCGUAGACUGAUUUAUUCACAUAAGUGGGAACAAGGCGACUUCAUCAUCUCUGACAACCUGGCCGUGGGACAUGAGGCCUCACCCGAGACACAGUACCCCGUAUCAGAAGUGGGCCUGCGCAUUUUACACCGAACCACAGUGAAAGGAACUUCCACGCCCACCAAAUCUUAAAUUAAUUUUACAUACGUUUUGUUAAAAAAAAGUAAUAUAUGCAUAUAUGUUCUAGCUGUGAAAAGCUCUGUCAGCAGUUAAUAGUUUAAUUAGUGCCCUAGUAUGAGAGCUUCUCCUUGUGGACUAUAUAACACACUUGCUAGUCAAAGAAUAUAGACCUUGGUAGUAACCUUGACUUAAAGUACUUCUCCAUUCCUUAGAAGUAAUCCAACCAAGCCCAUAUAGUGCCCAAUAAACACUGUAUUUAGAAUUGGAGGUACAUUAGAGUACAUAUAUAUUGCUUUUCCAGUACUGAUAACCCACUUUUAUGCCUUUAUUUUUAUUUUGGGUAUAAAAUUAACAUGAAAAGAUUGUUUUACGGGUAGAAUUUAUGUAUUUGAGUCAGAGACACAAAUUGAAUAGAUUUGUCUCAUAAGACACACUUGUAUAUGUUACAGCAACCCUCAUUUAUACAAUUGCUAGUAGCUGGUUUCUUCUAAAUAAUCCCCGCUUAAUAAACAGUGGAUAUGGAUUAGAUCAUUUAUUAAUUAUGUAUUUAUUAAUUAUGUAUUUGUGAGAGAUGUUUGUUGUAGAUAUAUUUAUUUACAUUUUUUUGUUAUGCCCCACCAUGAAUAUGGCUGAGAAAUAGUGUUUUACAUGUCUGUCUUCCAUCCUUCCGUGUGUCUGUCCGUCAUACUGAAGAUCACAAAAAUUUAAAAAAAAAACAUUUUUACAAAUUUUGGUUAUUGUUUUAUAUAAUCUUUCAUUAUAUAAUUUACAUGAAAAUAAUUUUUUUUUGUGAGUAGACAGUCUUGCGUAAUUAUGCAAAAAUAAAGUUCUUGCGAAUAAAACAUGUACUUUGCAUUUAGCUCAGUUUUAAAGAUUUUAAUCCAAAAUUCAUACACUACUACUUAUUGGUGAGAGCAAUUAAACUGGCAUAAUUUUCUGACCUUGACCUUACUAUUACCUAUUUCAUGUCUUGUUCAAAUCAAUUGUUAAGGAUAUAUUCAUAUCAAAAAACUCUUGCACUGAUACAUACUAAGUCAGGGCCAUUCAACUGUGUCAAUAGAGAGGUUUAUCAAGCUCACUUGUUGUACUUGUAAACUACAAGUUAGAAUUUCAAGUACACGUUUACAUUAUUUUUCUUGUUUAGCAAUGUAUAACGUGUAUGUGUACUUGUAAGUAUUUUCAAUGUACUAGAAGUCCUUAUCAUUAAAAAUCAUUAGAAUGCACAUGAAAUCUAUUGCAUGUAUGUAUAUCACUGUUUUUAAUGAAUAUAUGCAUGUAUUAAAUUUUAUAAGAAAUAAUUUGAAAAGAGUUCUUAUAAUUUAAUCCACCAAAGUCUGUUUUUAAAAUCUAGAUGUUGUGUAUUUAACACUCUAUAUAAUUGUAAUUUUAUUUUUUAGACGUUUAGUUCUUUAUAUCAGUAUUUGCAUCAAAUCUUCAGGUUUAGAAAAACACACUUUUAUUGAAAACAACUACAGAUAAGGAAACAUAAGCUACAAGUUUGGACUUAUAUGUACUCAGCAAUUUACAAGUAAGUGCAUACAUGUAGAAUUUUGUGAAAAGCAAAAUAUAUGUCGUAAUGCACAGAUUUCUGGGGGGGGAACCCUUGCUACACGUACGCGUACACGGUUUGCUAAACUCUCUAAUUUUCUGGCCUUGACCUUCACUAUUCAUUUUUAGCUCACCACAACAAAGUUGAGAGGAGCUUAUGUGAUACCUUCGGUGUUGGUGUCGGUCUCCGCAUCCCAGGUUAAAGUUUUUGGUGCAGUUUGCUUUUUAAUUACAUGUAGUUCUAUGCCCUACAUUAGUCAGAGAUGCAUGGAAGAUGCUUCUAGUAUGUGUCAUUGUACCAGUCAAGUUUCAGAUGCUGUAAUUUCAGCUAAAGAAUGGUCAGAUUAAUGAUUUUGGAGCAGGUUAAAGUUUUUGGUGCAGGUUAAAGUUUUUGGAGCAGGUUCAUUCUAAGGUAACUAAAAGUUCUAAUUAUGUUGACCAAACUUGCACAAAUGAUACAUCUAAGGAUACACACUUAACCAGGCUAGCUUCGGAUACUGGAUCAUCUGACUUACAUUUUCUGGCCUGAGUGACCAGGUUAAAGUUUUUGGUGCAGAUCCAUUAUCAAGAAACUAUAAGGCCUAUCUGAACCAAACUUGCAUUGAUGAUGCAUCAAGGGAUGAACAAUCUCAAACUUGCUUCAGAUGCUGGAUUUGAAUACAUUUUCUGGAUCAGUGACUAGUUUGAAGUUUUUGGACAAGUCCAUCAAUCCCAAGUAACUGCAAGCCCCACCAGAUCAAAAUUGCAUAAUUGUUGCAUCUUGGGAUGUACACUACUACAUCAAUAGUUUAGUUUGGGACUUUGCCUUACUAAAAGACACCCUUCGUUGAGGUGAGCUCUUAAUCUCCGAUUACCUAUGUUUUGCAUUUAUGUUUCAAAUUUUUCUUCAAACUCCAUAGAUACAAAUUGAUAAGAGCUAUUCAACUGUGUCAAAAUUUGCUGACCUUGACUUUCCAUAUGACAUUGACCUCAGUAUUAAUUGUUUUGCAUUAAACAUAGUAAAGAGUUAUGUAUAUGAAAAAAAUAUAAAAUUAUUACUACCUUCAUUUUGAACAACUAUCAUAUUUUAAUAUUAUCUCUGACUGAUAAUGGUACAUUUCUUUUCAUGUUGCAAUACAAGUUUACCUUGGGUGGGGAAUUCAUGUCCUACAUUUUUAUUGUUUUACAAAUGCAUCGUUUUCAUACAUAUAUAUUUUUGUAGAUGGAAUACAUAUAUAAUCAUACCCCCUUAAUUGAAGAUUUGGGGGGGUAUAUAGUUUUUGCCCUGUCCGUCUGUCUGUCCACAAAACCUUUCACAUAGCCCAUAUUGAGUGGUUGGAGCUAGUGCUCUCAUAUUUCACAUAUGCAUUCUUUGUAACAACACCUUCCUUUGGGUACCAACAUAUUUGACCUCUUGACCUUGGAGUUUGACCCACUUUUGCAAAAAUUUACCCAACUUUAACCUUGGCCAUAAACUUUGAACUUGGUGCUAGUGCUUUCAUAUUUCACAUGUGUAUUCAUUGUGAAAAUACGUUUCCAUGGGUGUAAAUAUUUUUGACCUUGGAGUUUGACCCACUUUAAAAAACUUUAACCUUGGCCAUAACUUUUGAACAGUUAGUACAAGGGCUUUCAAAUUUCACAGGUACAUGUAUAUUCCUUGUGACAAGAUUUCCUUUGGAUACCAACAAUUUUGACCUUGACCUACUUUUGAAAACUUUAACCUUUGCCAAAACUUUUGAACAGUUGGUGCUAGGGCUUUUAUAAUUUGCAUGUGUAUAUCUAAUUGUGUAUUUCUAAUUAAAAGGUAUUCCCCUGCGUACCAUUAAUUUUGACCUUGGAGUUUGACCUACUUUUAGAAAAAUAACUUUGACCAUAACUUUUGAUAGCUUUGUGCUGUGGCUUUCAUAUUUACCAGGUAUAUGCACUGACACAAGUCCUUUCUUUGGGUAACAACAUUUUUGAUUUCUUGACCUUGGAGUUUGACUUGCAUUUAAGAAACUUUAACCUUCGCCAUAAGCUGCCAUACAGGUGCAUCAGUGUAUUACGAACAAAUCGUGUUUUUUUUUUUUUACGAAUUUUCAAUGAUUUUCUUCAUUUCUUGCUCAGGAAGUCUGAAUUUGAAGCAUACUGUAAUUAAGUCUUGAAAUAUUUUUUGGUAUCCCUUUAAUCUUGCGAAUCAUUGUUUUGAAUCUUUGAGAACAUUGUUUUACUUCUAUUCUUCUGAAUAAUUUUGCUUUCUGUAAGAUUUUGCCAUGACAAACAUGUAUGUAUAUGUAAGAAAGAUUUUUUCAAAAACUGCUUCGUAUAUCAGUCAGCAAUCAAGUUUGAAUUUUGUGAAAUUAUAACCAUACUGGACUGAAGAACAAUAAAAACUGUUUUUUCAAGUCUCAA